AAUAUUUUGAAGAAUAGCUUUUAAGUGUCAGUAUCUCUUUAAAAUAACUUCUGCAAACAAUAGCAGUGUAGCCUUUUGCUUCCUUCUUUAUGUUCUGGCACUCCAAGUAGGUUCCAGUGCACAUGUUUGCUUUUACAUAAAAUGCUUUAUUUUUAAGUGUUUCUAAAGAAAACACUUAAAUUGUCCUCCUUUUGGUAAACAGCAUUAGUGCUUAUUCAUUAAAGGGACAGGGUGCAAAAAGCUGAUUUGUAAUUGCAUAAGGCUGUGCAGGGAUGUGUAUGCUCCAGCACAAAUGCAGCCUGUAUAUUGGCACUCUGCACUCAUGCAGCACAAUGCAUAUCGGUGCAUGCUCUUUAAUGAAUGGUGCAAGAAUGGGUGCCUUACUGGGACAACCACUGUGUCUGCUUUUAAUAAAUGCCCGUAGUAUAUCCUGUAAUAGCAGUCAAUGGUUCUCAUUAUGAAAUGGCAAGGGAUUUGCCUAAUCAAUGACUUAAAAGUAUGAUGUUGACGCAGGAUCCACCUCCAAGACUCCUACUGGUUCUUUAUAAGUGAGUCUGGUUAUUAGUAAGUUAAAGACCCACUUGGUUAUUGAUGCUGCACAGCUGUCAGUUGUACCUGACAAAGUGUACAGAGACGUGCUCAGGAGGCAGCUCUAUAUUUUUGGCAUUGAUAAGUGUAUUUGUUCCCCCAUCAUUAAUUAUACUUAGGAUAUUUUGUUGUUAUACGUACGAAUCUCCUGACAUCCCUUUCAUUCACUCAUCAGCCAGAUCAAUCAACUAUAUAAGAAUUAUUCUCCCUAGACGCAAGAUAUAGUGGAAUACAUUGGUUCUUGGAGCAGCUAACUGAAAGGCAAAAGGAAUCUACCAUUCUGACAAUAUGUUGAAUUAUGAUCCGUGGCCAAGUUCCCAUCAAUGUUUGUCCAAACCUAAACUGUGCACUGUCUAUAUACUGUUCUUACUUGUGUCAUUCACCAUCGUAUCUGCCAAAAGCAGAUCUUUUAAUCAUCAGAUUGACAGCAGAAGUCCUGAGAUAGAUCCAUACUGGUAUGUGGGUCGAGGAGUUCGACCAAUUGGUCGGUUUGGAAAACGGCAGCUAAAAUUUAGGAAGACAUUUCAGCCUCGAUUAAGAUUUCUCUUGGAGCAGACCCUGGAGAUCAUGAAGAAACAUGGAGUACUUAAUAUAGAGAAUAUACAUUCUUGGUGAUAUUUGUCUACCUUCAUUGUUAAAUGGACAAAUAUAUAUUUAAAAAAAUGAUAAAUAUAUAUUUAUAAGUAAGACUUCCUGUAUUGCUGACAGCCCAGUAUUUUUGUUUGCUUUAAACUGCACACUUUACACAUACUUUUGCUUCUGAUCUGAUCUUUUAAGUCUCGUUUAUUUUAGGUCAUUUUCUUAUUUGCGUUUCAAAGCACACACACACACAUUGCAGAGCUCAUCUACUUCUUGGGCUUGUCUAAGAAAUGUACGGUAUUCUGAUUCAAUUAAGGAAUGAGCUACUGUAUUCAAACAAAAAUAAAAUAAAAACAAAAUAAAA